CGCUCUCCCGGGCCCCUUCUCUCCUAGCUCACUCCGUCAGGUAGCUCUGCAGUCGAGGAGCCCCCGACUCAGCGGCACAGGGAGGACCCCGAAAGCACCUGCGCUUCGGCCUGGGGGCGGCUCUGCGGCUCACGGCCCUGGGAGGAGACUCUCGCGCUCCGGGAGUGGCGCCACCGCGCGACCGUGACGUCCCCGGGUCGGCGCGCAGGCUGGGCCGCGAUGCCCGAGGUGAGCACUGACGAGCUGGACGAGCGACAGGUGCAGCUCUUGGCGGAGAUGUGCAUCCUCAUCGACGAGAACGACCGGAGGAUCGGGGCGGAGACCAAGAAGAACUGCCAUCUGAACGAGAACAUCGAGAGAGGAUUAUUGCAUCGAGCUUUUAGUGUUUUCUUAUUCAACACUGAAAAUAAGCUCCUGCUGCAGCAGAGAUCAGAAGCUAAAAUUACCUUUCCAGGUUGUUUUACUAAUACUUGCUGUAGUCAUCCCUUAAAUAAUCCACGAGAGCUUGAAGAAAGCAAUGCAAUUGGAGUAAGGCGAGCAGCACAGAGGCGUUUAAAGGCUGAAUUGGGAAUUCCCAUGGAAGAGGUUCCUCCAGAAGAAAUUAAUUAUCUAACACGAAUUCAUUACAAGGCUCAAUCUGAUGGUAUCUGGGGAGAACAUGAAAUUGAUUACAUUUUGUUUGUGAAGAAGAACGUGACCUUGAAUCCAGAUCCCAAUGAGAUUAAAAGCUAUUGUUACGUAUCAAAGGAAGAACUAGAAGAACUUCUGGAAAAGGCGGCCCAUGGUGAAAUUAAGAUAACUCCGUGGUUUCAAAUUAUUGCAGAGACUUUUCUCUUUAGGUGGUGGGAUAACUUAAAUUAUUUGAAUCAGUUUGUUGACCAUGAGAAAAUACACAGAAUGUAGAUGUGGAGGUGAAUGAUUACUAAAGUAAUAAGGAAUUUCUCUACUUAGAAAACUUAAGAUGAAUUUUUUAAAAACCUGGUUCCCUGUUAGAACUCUCAUUGGAAAUAUUGAUACUUUACAACCAGAAUUUGUGUGGAAAAGAAUUCUUGAUUUGUGUCAUACAACCCAUAUAUGUUAACUGCAAUUUGUAAAAAAUGAGAUUAUUAUAAAAAAGAGCUAAUAAAUUUAAUCUAUCUAAGCAGAUGGUUAUGACAAAUUU